AGCAUAUUUCUAUGCAGUUCCCCUCAAUAACUUUUCUUUGUAAAACGUUCAACUUAGUUACCACAAGAUAAAAUUCUUCUAAUCAGUUGUUGCCUCCUUAUUGUUAUGUCAUUUUAUCAAAACAGUAUCGAAAGAGGUUUUAUAAUAAUGAUUAGAUUAAUUAUUAUUGAUAAUUGAAAAUACUAAUAAAUAUAGAUGUGGUCGAAAAUAUGAUAAGUUGAUUAGAGAAUGCCUUUGUAUAAUAGAGAUUAAAGUGAUGUGUUUUGAAACUACAUUGGCCAUAAAACUUAUUCAUGCAAUGGACAUAAUAGACGAGCCGAGUGGUAUCCCUAAUGCCCAGGGUACUCAGUUGAACCUGCCGUUCCUUUUAUUAAAUGGAGAGAAAAUGGUUCAUACAGGUAACUCUGUGGACGGAGUGUUAGUGUUGACGAAUUAUCGCCUGUUUUUGCAAUUGUGUGAAAACCAUCACCACGUACCUUUGGGGCUCAUCGAGGUGGUGGAGCACCGGGACUUGUUCUAUUUACAUAUCGGGUGCAAGGAUGCCAGAACCUAUCGGUGCACUUUUGACAACAACGAAGUGUGCUUGAACUGGUUAGGGUGGCUAAUGAAGGCGUCAGCGCCCCCGGAACAAUUGGAACACCUUUUUGCUUUCUUCUACUUUGCAAGCACCCGGAAAAAAGGGAGCGAGAGUACCACCAAUCGAACUGACAUAACUUACGACGAAAGCACUUUCAGGAGCGAGGUCGACAGGUUAAAGUUCGAUUUGCACGGAGCUUGGAGAAUCAGUUCAGUCAACAAGAACUAUAAAUUGUGUCCCAGUUAUCCUCCCCAACUUCUGGUACCUGCAUGCAUUACCGACGACACUCUAGAAACCGUGGCGAAAUUCAGGAGUUCGAGAAGAAUCCCGACCGUUGUUUGGAGACAUGUAGACAAUGGGGCUAUAAUAGCACGGUGCAGCCAACCCGAGGUGGGUUGGUUGGGAUGGCGUUCAGCUGAAGAUGAAGACCUUCUGAAGGCUAUAUCUGACGCCUGCACUUUCGACAGAGGCCCCAAGACUAUGUUGGACAAUACCUCGCAUAGUCCCACAUCUUUGAACUCUGACGAUUCGACCCAGACUCAACCCGAAACAGGAGGAAGCAUCCAAGAAAAAAAGAAGGUGCUUAUUAUGGAUGCGAGAUCGUAUACGACAGCAGUGGCGAAUAGAGCUAGGGGAGGAGGCUGCGAGUGCCCGGAGUAUUAUCCGAAUUGUGAAAUACAGUUUAUGAACUUGGCAAAUAUCCAUUCAAUAAGGAAAAGCUUUCACGCCCUCAGACAACUCUGUACUUUGACAGCAGAUCAACCAAAUUGGUAUAGUCUUUUGGAAGGUACAAGAUGGCUUCAACAUAUGUCUGGGCUGAUGAAAGCCGCUGUUACCCUGGUGAAUGCUGUGGAAGACGAAGCACGACCUGUUUUGGUACACUGUUCUGAUGGCUGGGAUCGUACCCCUCAAAUUGUUGCUCUUGCAGAAAUUCUACUUGAUCCUUAUUAUAGAACUGUUGAUGGCUUUUGGAUUUUGAUCGAAAGGGAGUGGCUAGCUUUUGGACACAAGUUUGCUGAUCGAUGUGGUCACGCAACAGGUCGUGAUGAUCAAAACGAACGUUGUCCCGUCUUCUUGCAGUGGCUGGACUGCGUGCACCAGCUCCUGGUACAGUUUCCUUGCGCAUUUGAGUUUUCACAGAUGUAUCUGGUGAAGUUGGCUCAUCACGUGUAUUCAAAUCUUUUCGGCACAUUCCUUUGCAACACGAAAAAAGAACGGGUCGAGAGUGUUUUAGACAACACGUUCUCGGUAUGGCCGUUUCUGGAUUCCCCUUGCUUUCGAAAUCAUCUAUAUGCACCACCCAAUUCGUCGUCUGGGCGCAAGGUGUUGUGGCCUAAGAUAAACGUUCGGGACUUACGCCUUUGGUCUGAGGUGUAUUUGGGUUCUCUUGAGACGCAAAGAGUAUCUGAAAGUGGGCCCAAUUCGUCCCAUUCCGGCCCUCCCGGUUCUACUUUGAAUCAUAUGACAAAGACUCGUUCCUAUGGUGACCUCAUGUGCGCCGCUGACCUAUGUCAAGAUGUGAUACGUCGCAAAAGUGACCCAAACAUCGUUGUCGACCUUUUGAAGCUGAACAUGCUCAUGGAGAUGCCUCCGACAGGGUCGUCGAGUUCAGAUGGUUGUGGUGACGAUAUGGGGGAAGAGGAUUUUUUGGGGGCGUCAAUCAAUAACGGGACCGGGACCGUCGAUAGUAAUUGUAAUAACGAUUGUCGAUACAAAAACGAAACAGUGACGGUUCAGGGUUUGAGUGACGAUUCAGUGGACUUGUUGGACGCGUCGAAAAUGGACCCGGACGUCGUGAGGACGAUGGCGACGAACGGGAACGAUGUUGAUGUCGAUUUUCGGAUUAAUUACGAAUCAAAAAAUAGAUACUGUCAUCGUCUAAGGCGUCAGCAUCGUGGUGAAAGUAACGGUAAUGAUAACAUUGAUGACGAGAACGGGUUCCUGGGCUCCGAUGAAGACGAAAAUGUGAUAUGUUUAACGAAGACUGAGACGAAUCUGGUACGUGCUGCUGCAAGAGACGCGUUGGGAUUCGAAAGUAUUUGUCUGUACGAGGGUGGUGGUGGCGAAACAACGUUUCCCUCGUCGGAUGUAACAAGUGAUGUGAACCACAAUCGGAGCGACGAGCAAUCGUUCGGGAUCGGGGGCGCGAGCGGUAGAGGGACGGACGAUGCGGACUCGGACACCGAGUGUACCGAACCGAGCGAAAGUCGGUCUGACAAAACGAUCUUGUGCGAUACCGGUACGGGCACGAACGCGAUCGUGACCACUGACCUUAUAGAGACUAGCACUGAGACUCUUACGUCGUCAGAACACAACGCCAGGUGUACUCCUUCCAAAAAGACAACCGAAAAGACAAUCCACGACGUCAGCAACGGAAACGUUGACUACUGUAAAGUGUGCGCGCAAAAUAUCAAGUUCAUUCACGGAAAACACAGUCAUAAUAGUCAGAGUACAAGCGGUAAAAGCUCCCGAUAUUCCACCCCUCCCGUAUACUCGCGCACGCCCAGCGCUAAUGGCUGGGACGCAACAGUUGCGUUCGCUACGCCCGUAGGGACGGGGAUGCAGUUUGUUACCGGCCCUUCCCAAUGUCCUACCGGUACACGGACGUACAGCUGUAAACUGGGCGACGAUGGACUCGUACCGCUCCAUUCGGACGUACAGGACCGGCUGCGGCAAAUAAUGGAAGAACACAGGCGGAAAGAGGAGGCCCUACAAAGAGAAUUGCACACGUACCGGCAAGCUCUUAUCAAACAAGUCUGUCAUAAGUGCAGCCACUACGAAGGAGAGAAACAAGAUGAUUCUAGUGAUAGUUCGAGCGAAUCUUCGAAUUCGUGUGGAAAUAAUAUAGCAAAGAGUUCAGUAGUCGAGUCGGUGUGCAGUGUUGGCGAAGACCAGGCGUCAGGCGUCGAAUCUUUACGAUCGGAUUUGUCAUGGGAGGCUGUUGAAGACAGACCUUCGAUGCUCGAUUCGAGUCCGACCCAAACCACCCUCUGGGUGCCCGAUCACGCCGUCUCCAGGUGUACUGGAUGUCAGACGCAGUUCUGGCUCGGCCGGAGAAAACAUCAUUGCAGGUCAGAAACAGAGAAUUGCGGUCGUAUUUUUUGCGCAGACUGUUCAGAAAAUAGGACUCCGCUACCAUCGGAGGAGCUCUACAAUCCUGUGCGCGUGUGCACGACCUGCUACAGUAAGCUGAGACGGGACUGUGGCGAGAUACCGAGUAUAUGUAAACAUACUACAGACCAUGGACACCAGACCACGAACGCCAGCCAACAAAUAACCGCAUCGAGCAACUAAUAGUUACCACGCCCUCACGCCCAUUACUCUUGUUCGUUUUUUCCCAUCUACCAUUGUUUCUAACAAAAGUUACUAUAACGAUCGCUAUUAAUUCGUUUUUCAACAAUAACAUACUAUAAAAGACGAGUGAUUUUUUGCAAUUGCUGUAAAUGGACGUGGGAGGGGCGUGGUCGCAUUUUUCGACUGUCUGCCACCGACUUACUGCGAUCAAAACGACAAGAGUUAUUUUCUUUUGUUACUGGCGGGUUUUUGUUUAUUGUUUUCCGUUAUUAUUUUUUCUCUAAGAAGACAAAAAAUAAUAAAUUCUGUGAUUCGUUGUACAAUACAGCAACUGCUGUUGGAUACUAUCGCCUGUUAAUUUAACGGUCCGUUUUAAUUAUUGCUAUAGAGGUCAUUACAUUGUGCACACACAUAUAAAGGGUGUCAAGCUUAUUUAUUGUAAUUAACUGAAUAAUUUGCCAGAUCAGACGGUGAUCCUCCCAAAGGUUUGUUAAUAUUGUAAUUGUUUGCGAAGAAAGAAAUCAAUGGGCUUAUUUAUUAUUAAAUUCUUUUAAUAAUUUA